CGUAGUCCCUGCGACUGUCUCGGGCUGGCACAAACCAGCGGAAGGCCGUAGAAGGGCCGGCCCCGCCCGCACCCCGCCGCUUUGAGCCCCAGGCCCCGCCCAGACGGCGCCAGCUCCCCGACGCCCCUGCAUUGCUCGCAUGGACGACGCGCCCGCACGGCUCGGGACCGCGAGGCCUGGGUGUCGGGCUAGCCAGAGCAGCGGAACUGACGCAAGCGGACUUCCGGGGCCGGCCCCCGGGGAGGUCGGCGGCGGCGCCGCAGUCGAGGAGAGGCAGUGGGAGCGUGAGCGGCCACGGGCGACGCAAGUACCUCACCGAGCUCACCUCUCGUCUCGCGCUUCUCUCCUAGUCGCGUGCUGCCUCCCGCCGGCGGCUCCUCCCGAGGAGAGUUUUCGCCGCGGUUACUGAGAAGAGACUGUGGCCACCCCGCCCCGUGGCCAAGUGAGACUGCCUGUCGCACCGCGUCGCCCCCUGCGCCGCCGCCUUGCCCCCAGUGGCGGGCGCCCUUCUCGCUCGAAGCACUCCCCCCAGCUCCAUGAAUGGAAAUCGGCUCCGCAGGACCCGUUGGGGCCCAGCCCCUACUCAUGGUGCCCAGAAGACCUGGCUAUGGCACCAUGGGCAAACCCAUUAAAUUGCUGGCUAACUGUUUUCAAGUUGAAAUCCCAAAGAUUGAUGUCUACCUCUAUGAGGUAGAUAUUAAACCAGACAAGUGUCCUAGGAGAGUGAACAGGGAGGUGGUUGACUCAAUGGUUCAGCAUUUUAAAGUAACUAUAUUUGGGGACCGUAGGCCAGUUUAUGAUGGAAAAAGAAGCCUUUACACAGCCAAUCCACUUCCUGUGGCAACUACUGGGGUAGAUUUAGAUGUUACUCUCCCUGGGGAAGGUGGAAAAGAUCGACCUUUCAAGGUGUCAAUCAAGUUUGUCUCUCGGGUGAGUUGGCACCUACUACAUGAAGUACUGACAGGACGGACCUUGCCUGAGCCACUGGAAUUAGACAAGCCAAUCAGCACUAAUCCUGUCCAUGCCGUUGAUGUGGUGCUACGACAUCUGCCCUCCAUGAAAUACACACCUGUGGGGCGUUCAUUUUUCUCGGCUCCAGAAGGAUAUGACCACCCUCUGGGAGGGGGCAGGGAGGUAUGGUUUGGAUUCCAUCAAUCUGUUCGUCCUGCCAUGUGGAAAAUGAUGCUUAAUAUUGAUGUUUCUGCCACUGCCUUCUACAAAGCACAACCUGUAAUUCAGUUCAUGUGUGAAGUUCUUGACAUUCAUAAUAUUGACGAGCAACCAAGACCUCUGACUGAUUCUCAUCGGGUAAAAUUCACCAAAGAGAUAAAAGGUCUGAAGGUUGAAGUGACUCAUUGUGGAACAAUGAGACGGAAAUACCGUGUUUGUAAUGUAACAAGAAGGCCUGCCAGUCAUCAAACCUUUCCUUUGCAGUUAGAAAAUGGCCAAACUGUGGAGAGAACAGUAGCACAGUAUUUCAGAGAAAAGUACACUCUUCAGCUGAAGUACCCACACCUUCCCUGUCUGCAAGUGGGGCAAGAGCAAAAACAUACAUAUCUGCCACUAGAAGUCUGUAAUAUUGUGGCAGGGCAACGAUGUAUCAAGAAGCUAACGGACAAUCAGACUUCCACUAUGAUCAAAGCAACAGCAAGAUCUGCACCAGAUAGACAAGACGAAAUUAGUAGAUUGGUAAGAAGUGCAAAUUAUGAAACAGAUCCAUUUGUUCAGGAGUUUCAAUUUAAAGUUCGGGAUGAAAUGGCCCAUGUAACUGGACGCGUACUUCCAGCACCUAUGCUCCAGUAUGGAGGACGGAAUCGAACAGUAGCAACACCAAGCCAUGGAGUAUGGGACAUGCGAGGGAAACAGUUCCACACAGGAGUUGAAAUCAAAAUGUGGGCUAUAGCUUGUUUUGCCACACAGAGGCAGUGCAGAGAAGAAAUACUGAAGGGUUUUACGGACCAGUUGCGUAAGAUUUCUAAAGAUGCAGGAAUGCCCAUCCAGGGCCAGCCUUGCUUUUGCAAAUAUGCGCAGGGGGCAGACAGCGUGGAGCCCAUGUUCCGGCAUCUCAAGAACACGUACUCUGGACUACAGCUCAUUAUUGUCAUCUUGCCAGGGAAGACGCCAGUAUAUGCGGAAGUGAAACGUGUAGGAGAUACACUUUUGGGUAUGGCUACACAGUGUGUUCAAGUCAAGAAUGUAAUAAAAACAUCCCCUCAAACUCUCUCAAAUCUGUGCCUAAAGAUAAAUGUUAAACUCGGAGGGAUCAAUAAUAUUCUUGUACCUCAUCAAAGACCUUCUGUGUUCCAGCAACCAGUGAUCUUUUUGGGAGCAGAUGUCACUCAUCCACCAGCUGGUGAUGGAAAGAAGCCUUCUAUUGCUGCUGUUGUAGGUAGUAUGGAUGCCCACCCAAGCAGAUACUGUGCUACAGUACGAGUUCAGAGACCCCGACAGGAGAUCAUCCAGGACUUGGCCUCCAUGGUCCGAGAACUUCUCAUUCAAUUUUAUAAGUCAACUCGGUUCAAACCUACUCGUAUCAUCUUUUAUCGGGAUGGUGUUUCAGAGGGACAAUUUAGGCAGGUAUUAUAUUAUGAACUACUAGCAAUUCGAGAAGCUUGCAUCAGUUUGGAGAAGGACUAUCAACCUGGAAUAACCUACAUUGUAGUUCAGAAGAGACAUCACACUCGAUUAUUUUGUGCUGAUCGGACAGAAAGGGUUGGAAGAAGUGGCAAUAUCCCAGCUGGAACAACAGUUGAUACAGACAUUACACACCCAUAUGAGUUUGAUUUUUACCUCUGUAGUCAUGCUGGAAUACAGGGUACCAGCCGUCCUUCACACUACCAUGUUUUAUGGGAUGAUAACUGCUUUACUGCAGAUGAACUUCAGCUGCUAACUUACCAGCUCUGCCACACUUAUGUGCGCUGUACACGAUCUGUUUCUAUACCUGCACCAGCGUAUUAUGCUCACCUGGUGGCAUUCAGAGCCAGAUAUCAUCUCGUAGACAAAGAACAUGACAGUGCUGAAGGAAGUCACGUUUCAGGACAGAGCAAUGGGCGAGAUCCACAAGCUCUUGCCAAGGCUGUACAGAUUCACCAAGAUACCUUACGCACAAUGUACUUUGCUUAAAAAGUUCAAGAAUAUUCUCUGAGAUGAACAAUUGAAAGAUGAAUUGACAUACACCGUAUGUUUCCAGUGGAAUCCAUUGAGUGGGGAUGCCUCCAGCCAUACAGAAACCAACACUGUGGGGACCAGGGUCUGAUUUUUAUGUUGAUACAAGGAAGAUUGUUUACUUUAUCAAGGGACACAGCACCAUUAUGCAAUAUGAAACCAGCCAACUGCUUUUUUGUGCGGUCUCCUGUAGGAAGUAUCGCCAUUGUUUUGUUUUCACUUUCUUGUAGUGUAACCCUUUUAAUGCCUUUACCUCAAGUUGCUUGGCAGCACAACUAUCUUUGCAAAAAAAAAAAAGAAAAAGGAAAAGAAAGAAAGAAAAAGGUGAAUAAUGGUUUAAAAAAAACACACCUACAUGAAUAAUCAGUGAUUGCUCACAAUUAUGUGUGCAACAAAAUUAAUGUGCAUUCGUGUAUUCUUGUAAAGUAUCUGUGUAUACUUUAAAUGUAUACAUGUAUACUUCAUAUGCAUAUAUAUCUGGAUCUGCAUUGAUAAUAGAUAUAUAUGUUCUUUGUAUAUAUUUUAUAUUUCAUUCCAUUGGGAAAUUUCUUUCCCUUUUAUUAUCCUCUCACCACCACUUUUAUUUCUUGCUCCACCUCACUUGCCUCAUCACCUACAUUUUUUUUCCUUAAUGCUACCAGUGAUGCUCAAAUGUUCAUGUAUCUGGUUCAUUUGAAUAUGAAGCAUGGCAAACUAGACUUUUGUUUUUAUUUUGCACACCUCCUCCUGUCUCUUGAUUCAUACACAAUUCUGAGUCCUCAACUCUUGAUAUUGCUUUCUUAAGAAGCAAAAUUAUUGUGUGUGUGUGUGUUUUUAUGAGAGUCUGUGUCUGUCCCCUCCUGCUCUGAACUUAUAUUUGCCAUUUGUGCAAUGUAUACAUAAGCAGUAGCAACCUAAACUGUUCUUUCUUCUCUAGUGAGUUUGUUAAAGCUGCUAUAAAUAUAAAACCCUGUCAGAAGUUAUAACUCUUUCUAUGAGUGAUAUGUAUUCUCCUUCUGUUUCUAUGGGUUAUACAUGGAAACUUUUGAAGCUUUUACGAAGAGUAAAUAUUUUAAAUGAUUGGAACUCUGUAGGGUGAGGCCUCUGAAAUUGGAUGAAGAAAAAGAAGGGGUUGAGGUUUUUAAAAAUAUAUUUUUUUUUGCUAUUUUACUUGCUGCCUCUCAUACAUUAAUGUGAUUUCCAUAUAUAUAUUUUUAUAUAUAUAUAUAUAUAUAUGUGUGUGUGUGUAUAUAUAUAAACAUAUAUGUAUGUAUUUUGAAGCAUAGCUUCCUUUUCUUUUAUAUUUAUUAGACUAGUGCUUUAACAAUUAUAGAACUGUAUUGGCAACAUCUUUUAUAGAAAUAUAAUCAUGUUUAUUUUAAGAACUGACAAUUUGUUUUUGCUAUCUUUUAGUGCAAUAAGCAGUUUUAAAGGAAAACUAUUUGACAUCUUUACCACAGAUAGUGGGAGAAGCAGGCACAUACAUGAUUUUAAAAGAGCAAAGUAAUACAGCCUUAAUUUCAGAAGGAAAGUUUUCAAGUCUAAAGCAUGUCUUUAAAAAUCAUAAUGAAAAUGAAGGAAAUUAAUAUCCUAAAUGAAUCUGACCUUAAAUAUUAAAAAUAAAAUUGAACUUUAAUUUAUGAAAUGAUCAUGAAUAGAUUAGGAUUUAGAAGGUAUUUAAAUUCUUUGGAGAUAAAUCAUGUUUAUUGAAGAAUCAUACUGCUUAGGUGCCCAUUUUUAUUUAUUAAAAUGAAUCAGGAAGAUGUGAUACUUUUUUUUAAAUUUUGCUAUUUUAUCACAUGUAACUUUCCUUUUAAAAUUACGGUUAUGGUAACAAAGGAAGUUAGGGCUUGGAUUAUUUUAAAUGAGUUAAAUCACUGAAAUGUGGGGGAAAGUUUUGCAAAACUUUUGUUUUAUUGAUUUCACUUUAAGAUAUUAAAAAGUACCAUUAAGCUGUACCAAGUUCACCAGUAACAUUGGUUUCAGGGGAGCUUUGCACUUUGUAACACAUGAAAUCUGCAUUUUAAUUUUUUUUGCACUGGUUUAGAGUAUAAAUAUUACAGAUUGUUUUCAAUGGGCAUUGUUGUUAACCUUUCAAAAUUCCAUCUGUUUAUGAAUAUAGUUUCUCCCUUACCUGUAAUCUACUCUUAAUUGCCAACUUACUGUAUUUUGAGCCUAAAAUCUGAGCCCAUGUCCUCCAAUAGCUAUGAAAUCUUUUGUCCCUCUACCAGAAAACUAAGAAAGUACUGUAUUUUGUAUGUUUAUUAUAUUGACGUGUCUGAAAUGCAAUUUACAAUACUGUUUCAAAGCUCUUUACACGAGGUAGUAUUUGUAUAGUAUAUACAUUUUUUCUCCCAACCCUCCCUGCUCUCCUCCAAAAAAUACCUAUAAAGCAAGGUGUUUAGGGUUUUUUACAUUGAAAUUUUACUAAAUAUAGUAGUCAGGAACAUGGGCAAGAGAAGAAAAUAGUGUUUUCUAGAUGGUAAAAACUUGAUUGUUGUGUGCUUGCUCAGUAUGAGAAAACAUCUUCAUUUAUCAAUGGGAGUUACACAGAUUCAUGUGGGAAACUUUAGGGCCCAGGGAAGAACUGUGUUCUAUUCCUAUUUCCUGCUUUACCUAAUUUUCAGUUACUUAAUUUCACUUGCGCUAGAGUGAAGCCCAUAAUUUAAAUUUAUUUGGAAGGACUUUUACAAAGGGAAAAGAAAAUGUUAAAUAUAAACCUUUACCUUUGAAGUGAGUUCUUUUUUAGGGUUUCUUACAGUUUCAACAUUAAUAGUUUAAGGUUGGUUAACUUGAAAAAGUAUGUAUAGUAUAUUUUUACUUUGCUUACUAUGCUUACUAACAAAUUAGUAUGUCAAACUUAAUUACAAGAAACCUUGUACUUAAGAGUUUUAAGAUAGAAGACUAAGAGACAAAUAACUUUUUGAUUUUUGUUUUAAUUAUUGCAUUUCUGGUGUAGAAUUCCUGAUCUUUUUCAUUUUUUCAAGAAGGUUGUUCAAAUUUAAUGGCCAUGAAACUGAACAGUGACCUUUCUGUUCCUGCCCUUGCUCACUAACUAUAUGAUGAAUGCUGUUUUCUGUGAUGUAGGAGUGACUUCAAAAUGUCAGUGCCAGCAGCUGGAUUAAUUGAUUUUCAUGUGAAGAAAAGUUGGGAGUUUAAUUAUACUACUCUGGAUAGCAAAUGAGUCUGUGUAAAUUGCUGUUACAUGUUAUUAUAUUAUAGUAGCAAGUUACUGGCAUUGAGGACCAUACAUUUAUAAUACUGUAGCUGCUAUAUUUAUUUAAGUAGAGUCUGACAGUUACUGCACUAAACAAUAAGGAGAUGAACAAGUUUCAAGGCUAGUGUUAGACCCCCUCCCCCACUCUCUUUUUUUUUUCUUCUAAAUAAGAUUAAGAACAUGAAAUAUCAUGAUAACAAAGGGUGCUGCCAUUUUAGUUUCAAUUUAAUAUCAGGACACUAUUUCUUUUUUAAUUUAUCUUUAUUUGUUGAAAGUAUUACAGAUGUCUCCUUUUUUCCCCAUUGAUCCCCUCUAGCCGAAACAUGGAUUUUUACUUUAGCAUUUUAGAAAAAGGGUACCUCAACCUCCUCAGUACUGGUUUUGGCAUAUUUUCACAGAAAUAAAGAUGCCCUUUAUUUUUUUCUUAAUAUUUUACCUUUUAACAAAAGGUUUCUCAGAAAAAAAAAUUUCUUCUAUGGAAAGCUUCCUAUUUGUAACCUAUUAAUUUAUUUAAGAGCGUCUAGAAGGGAUUCUAGUAGGAAUGUACUGGGUGUUCUGGAAGGCACAUGAUAAAGAUUCAUCUCUUCCUUCUAGCAUAGGGACUCCUGACCUUCUACUAAUAAAGUCCUAUACUAGUUUUCCAAACUAGGUUCUCUGAUGACCCACCACUGCCUAAUGUUUACGUUUAUAUUUUUCCUAAAAUGGAUUUUAGUAUGCUAGAUAGACAUCAUGACAGACCUAAGGUAUGUCUAGAGAAAUAAAAGCCGGGUUGUCAUUUAGUAGAAGUGGCUGACAGAGGAUCUGGGUGUUUAAAGAAAAGGUGAACACUCAGAGUGGCAGUAAUAGAUCUGAAGUAAUUAGAUGGAUUAUAAGCUAGGAAUUAGAGACUGUCGUUCAAGGAAUGUGGUGAGUUUCACAUGCUGACAUGAAUUUACCAGGGGUGAUGAUUUUUAUGAAAGCAAUGAAGCCAGCCACUUGGAUUUAGCUAGAAUAUUUUGUAGUCUUGCUAUGUCAAACUUGAUAGUAAUGUUUUGCCAAGAAGUUUAACACAGCUCUGCAUAAUGUUUAUUCCGUAUCAUAAAACCGGAGUUAAAUAUUUGCUUAACUCAUCAUCUUAGAUGUUUCCCUAUUGAAUACUUUUUUUUUAAAUAUAUUUUAUUGAUUCUUUACAGAGAGGAAGGAAGAGGGAGAGGGAGAGGGAUACAGAGUUAGACACAUCGAUGAGAGAGAACCAUCGAUCAGCUGCCUCCUGCACGCCCCCCACUGGGGAUGUGCCCGCAACCCAGGUACAUGCCCUUGACCAGAAUCGAACCUGAGACCCUUCAGUCGGCAGGCUGACGCUCCAUCCGCGGAGCCAAACCAGCCAGGGCCCUAUUGAAUACUUUUUAAAGACAGUUUGCCUGAACAGUAACUUGCUACUUAAAUUACCUUUUAUGAGUUAUCAGUCAAGAUUCAUUGGCCCAGCAUCUUUAUUUUGGCUUUUUAUCCCUAUGAAGUUUUAAUCCUUUUCAUUCUUUUUGAGAAUUCAUGGAUGUUUUAAAGCUACAAUCAUAAUAGCUGGGAGACUAUAUCAAGUGAGGCCUUCCUGAGUGGCAGUCUAACCUUGACUCUAAACUCUGUCUUUAUUUUCCUGUUUCCCUCCCAUUUAAUUAUAUAAAGCACUUUUGUGAUUCUAUAGGAGUCAAAAGAUAAGCCAAGAAAAAUUGGUAAAAUCAGUACUACAAAAUGUGAAAGUCAGAAUUUUCUCCAAAAAAAUCUUGUUGCUUAUACUAAGAAAAUUCUUGAUCAGUGGCACUGUUAGAAAUUAUACUGUGAUUAGUGAAACCUAAGCUGACUCCCAGGAAGAAUAACAUUUCCCCUCCUCCUCCUCUUUGUCAUAUAUCUAUAAAUAACACAAAGGAAAAAUAUUUUUACAUUUUCCUACUUUUAAAAACGGUACAUUUCAGUUUACAAGUUCACAUGUCAGUCAAAAUAAUUUCUUUUUAACUAAGAUAUUAUUGUCAAGGCUUGUACUAAUAUCUACUACUAGUUGAAUUUUAUUUUUAUUUAUCCAUCAAAGAUAGUACUCUAGAUUUUUACAUUGUUGAUUAAGCCUCAAGAAUCUUUUGCUCUUAAGGUAUGUAAGUUAAAGGUUCUAAUUGAAUUAAAGAUAGAUAAUAAAUACAAUAUGGAUGAUUGAGAUUUACCAAUGAGAAACCUGUUGAAAUAUCAGAUAACAAACAGUGUGACAAAAUUAAAAUCCUAUCUAAUCAUAUAUCCAGCCGUUGGUCUUUCUUCCUUUCUGUAAUCAAUGUCUGAAGUAUCCAAAAUUUAAUGUUGUAUCUAGGGUAAAACAAAGGUAUUCUUUGGGGUGAACACUGUAUUAAAUUUUUUAAUCAUUUUUUUUUUAAAGCAAGGCGGUUCUUAGAAAGUGCCUUUUCAGAAGAUGGUGCUAUAGAUUUUUAUUUUUCAACUAGCAUGAGGCUAAAACUUUAAAAAAUAAAUUAUUUUAGAACUCCAAGAGUGUGACAGUUUCAUAUAAAUGUUAUAUGUUGUCCUGAAUCUGGUCCAAGGGAAUGAAGUAAAACGUUUAUUCAGUAAAGUAUCUAGAUAAAUGCUCACCAAAUAUAUUUUGUAAGUUUGAAAACAAACUUUAAAUGCUUUUAUUUCUCAGCUGUGUUGAAGGUAAUCUGUAAGGCACAUAAAACAGCAAAUCUGCUUAACUUUUUAACGAGAAUAUGGGUGAAGUAGCAAGUGCCCAAAGGGAAAGGAAUUACAUGUCAUAGGCUACCUUUCCUUUUCCCCCCCCCAGCAUAGACUGACCCUUUUGUAAAUAUCUAUUGGCCACCAUUUCUAAAUAUUUUUUAUUAAAGAAGACUGCUUAUAAAGGGACAGCCAAGUCAUGGAAAUCAGUAUAAGAGAAAAAGUAAAAUGAUAAUGUCUCUAUAUUUAGGGAAGUUUUCUGUUUUAGGAAUCAAGAUUAAGUUACUCUCUUUUUUCUAGCAUGGGGGAAACUAAGAAAAAUGAUGACAGUGCAUCUAAAAGGGUAUGAUCAGUUCAUUAGAUAUAGAACAUGCAAAAUUGGGCUUUGGGGGAAAUAAGUAAAAGGAAGGAUAAUAGCGGGACCAUUCACACUUAUUAGAAAUUUGGUAAUCUACCAGAAAGCAAUUUUCCCCCAGACUAGGAACAGUAAACAGCAGUAAAUGAUCCCUAACCAGUUCUUGCUCAUGAAUUUGGUGAGCAUUUCUCCAAAAAGGAGUAGACUGAAAACAAAAAAAAACUACACCUCAGUAACCUUCAAUGCUGCAUUAUGUAAUAAUUAUAGUAAAAUUAUACUGUUUGUUUGGAGUGUUCUGUCUGUUUGCAAAUAUGCAUGCACAUUAAACUUCUUCAUUUUUAUAAUGUCUUAAUAGCAAUUAUGAGUUUAUUUUUUUAAUAUUAAUUAUUCUAAUGUUUAUAUUUAUUGGCAAUUUGUGUGCAACUUUUAUAUUUUGCUUAGAUGUUAAGGUAUUUUAUUUUUAUAAAUAUGUCUAGCUUUUCUUCUUCCUUUGUAAUAUUAUUAGCAAAGAUUAAGAUGGAAUGUUAAUAUACCAACCAAACUACUAAUUCUAUAAAGUCUAGAAUUUGGAUUUUUACCAAUAAACCAUUAACACUAUUUUCUAACUUAGAAUUAUUCAAUGUUGUUUAUAUAAUGGGCAUUAAAGACUGUCUUUAGACAGAUUUCUAAAUGUGGAGGGGAAGUGGGGCCUUUCUAUAAGUUAGUUAGCAAACUAACUUUCCCUUAAGUAGCAAACUAACACUAACAGAUUGGAUUUACUUGAUCUGAUCGGCAGUUUUGGAGCAACUUGUCAAAUAAACGACUGUUGUAUUUCUUUAACUUCAGCUGCAUUGAAACUGCUUAAAAUAGUCAUAUCAUCCAGCAUUAGGAUUAUGAUACCAUUUUUAUAGGCCAGAAGUCAUUGAUAAGUGACUUUGAAAUGGGAUUCUCUCCUCCCUUCCCUCCCUCCCCCCCAAUUAUAUUAUAUGGAAACUUUGCUACCCUGAUCUUUUCCCUAGCAUGCUUUAGGUAUAUUCAACACUAAACAUCAAAGAAGAAACAGAGUUUAAGUGGCUAGGUAGAGCUAGGGAUAAACACUAACUAAUGUAGUAUUUCAGUUCAUUAAAAAUUUAAAAAUAGCCUGACCGGUUUGGCUCAAUGGAUAGAGUGUUGGCCUGUGGACUGAAGGGUCCCAGGUUCGAUUCCAGUCAAGGGCAUGUACCUUUGUUGCGGGCACAUCCCCAGUGGGGGGUGUGCAGGAGGCAGCUGAUGGAUGUUUCUAACUCUCUAUCCCUCUCCCUUCCUCUCUGUAAAAAAAAUCAAUAAAAUAGAUUUUUAAAAAAUUUAAAAAUAAUUUAUGGAUGAAUCAGUUGAAAAGCAGGUAAAACAUUUCCACUGUAUUUUUUUAAAUAUAUUUUUAUUGAUUUCAGAGAAGAAGGGAGAAGGCGAGAGAGAAACAUCAAUGAUGAGAGAGAAUCAUGGAUUGGCUGCCUCCUACGAUCCCACUGAGGAUCCAGCCCACCACGCUGGUAUGUGCCCUGACUGGGAAUCAAACUGUUCAAAGGUUGACACUCAGCCACUGAGCCACACCGGCCAGGCUCCAUAGUAUUUUUACACUGUGAUUUUGCUUGGAAGCCUUUUUUUUUUUUUUAUAAGAGAUUAGAAGAUAAACAUUACCGCAUCCUCAGGGCUCAGUGUAUGGCAUUUUGUUGAACUAUCUAGCCUAUUCUUCCACUGAGAGGGGGUAAGCGAGAAAGUUUCAAGUAAUUAUAAUUUGGAACAUGUUAUUUUUAUAUUAUGUAAAAUUUUAUAAUUUAAAGUGAGUCAGCAUGAGGUUUCAUAUACACAUUUGUCAUGUUUCUUUUUGCAUUUUCUAUACUAGUCUGAGCUACUUCCUUCACCCCCACUGCCACAGUUGAAGAUUGGCACUCCGAUUAUAGCAGUUUGUUGCUACUAAAUAAAAGCUAAAUAUGUUUCAAGCAGUCAGAAAAUACUUUAUUAUUAAAAGACUUCAUUAUGCCCCCCUCUUAAUAUUUACUGUGCUUGUAACUUAGUUUUGUUCAUUAUGUUUCAGCAUUGCCCGAGGUUGGCAGGCAUAUAAUUGUAGACCAACGUUUUUAAGGCAGCCUGAGUAGAAUAGUUCUUUUUUUUUUCCUUCUAAAAGCUUAUGGGAACCUCAUACAUAGAGCUUAUUUUGCUCUUUUAACUGUUUGUCUCCAUAAAUGAAGGUACCUGGCAUUCGUACUGAGUAACUGUGGUGAAGUACUGGGUGACUUGUUCGUGUUUGCAGUCUAUUUCCUCAGAAAGGAAUAUUUGUGCAUUAAGUAAUAGUUCAUCCCCAAAAGGAACUGUCAUGAACAGUCUUACAUGAGUAGAAAACAGAUGGGAGUGUUGGUCAUUAGAACUCUGUGGGGGGCUUUUCAUUUCCAAAAGUUGACUGUCUGCACAUCUAUAAUUUUAUGUUUUCAGCUUAAGAGGCUGUGCCAGAGAGGGAGAUUAGUAUUUAAUGCCUAAAUCUUUCCAUCUUUAUAUUUUAUGGCUUUAGUUGGAAGGACAAACAGAAGUCCUUUUAUUUGGCCCUUUAAUAACAUUUUUAGAACCAAAGAAGGAAAGACUGUCCACAAAGAUGUUGUAGGUGUGACUAUAUUCUAUAUAUAUAAAAGGCUAAUACGCAGUGUGCCCUCGGGAGUUCAGCCGGGAGACCAGGAGUUCACUCGCUCACUAUGUCAUGCGCUGACCACCAGGGGGUGGCGCCGAACAUGGUGGGCGACCAACAGUGGUGGCCGGGCACUGAGGGAACAAGGGAAGGAGGAGGCAGGGGACCUGAUUGGCCCUGAACGCAGGCCAGGCCUAGGGACCCUACCUGUGCAUGAAUUUCAUGCACUGGGCCUCUAGUCUUUAUUAUAAGACCCUAUGGAAGCAGGAGGUCUUUGUAAAGAAAUGAACUAAUGGGAUUGUGCGAGUAUGUAGUGGGGGAGGGGGGGUGGGAAAAGGUUUCUUUGCUAGGAUCCUUGCACAGACACCUUACAGUUGUUUAAUAUUUGUGUAGUUCUGAAACCACAUUGUAAAAGUUGUUAUUUGAACCUACAGAAGAGACCUAAGAAGAGUGAGUGCCUCUGUAACCUGUUUAUUUCAUGUUGCCUCAGAUGUAAAACUGCAUCUACCCUCGUUAAAUUUGAGAUGUCUCACAGUUGUUUCUGAAUUAUAAUGAAGAAAUUAAAUGAAGUAUUUAUCCUUAACUAGAGCCAGGACAUUGCUAUCAACAUGGCCUUUCCAGACAAGGUAGCCUUUCCUGUAACAAAAAUGCUUUGGAUGAAAGGUUUAGGAAAAACACUGGUAGGCUGUAGAAGGAGGAAUUUUGCCUCACGUACACAGUCCAACCAGGUUAAUGGAUUCAGUUUGGUCCCAGGCCAGGGAGCAUAACAAGAGGAAGCUUUGGUUUUAGGUAGCAAUAAACUUGGCUCUCCAAUGAUAACUCAUUGCAAAUAUCUCCCUGUUUCACAGAAAGUGAUUGGUCUCAGAGUAUUGAUGAUGACCCUGCAAGUGUGCAUCUGCUCUUUUUCUUUCUUUUUUUUUUCUUUAAUAUAUUUUAUUGAGUUUUAGAGAUAGAUGAAGGAAGAAAGAAAUAGCGAUCUCCUGCCUCCCACAUAUCCCCUACUGGGGCUCGAGCCUACAACCCAGGCAUGUGACCUGACCAGGAAUAGAACAGACAACCUUUCUGUGCACAGGACAACACCCACCCAGUUGCGCUGCACCAACUAGGACGUGUAUGCUCUUUUUCUAAAUCAAAAGCCAGGAAUAGCAAGCACUAACUGAAACGUUUCAGAGUUUGUCUCUCUUAGAUUCUUUAAAAGUUUUAUGGGAGCUUUCUUAUUUCUUAGCCCAGGGUACAACCCCUUUCUCCUCUUUAAAAAAAGAAAGGGAUUUAAAGGCAGUUUAUAUAGGAUUCUACUAUGAGAAAAUAAUAAAUUUUAAUUGGGGAAGGAGGAUUACAUGCCACAAGUUACAGCUUGAUUGCAAGACUGAGCACUUUUUUAUGUUUGGGUUCUAAAGUUUUUCCUUUGACAUAUCAUUCUUUUAUUUACUUGAGGGUGAUUCUGUUUUGUAAGGUAAUCAGUGUUUUAUGCCAUUUAUGAAUUGUGCAGUUCCCACCCCCCACCACCACACACACUGUUAGUAAAGGGAAGGAUAAAACAAAAAGGUAUCAUAAGAAUCAUUGGAAUGUAACUUUAGUUAAUAUAGAUUGAAAGAAACCCGAACUUGGUUAAGUGGGAAUUAAGAUUGACGUGUUAAUGCUGCAGGUAUGAUCUCUAGCCAUAGAAUGUUUUGCUAGUGAUAGAGUGAUUGUGUGGACAGAAUAUAUAUAUGAAAUAUGAUGUGAUAGGAAAGUGACAAAAUUAUUCUUGGAAGUAAUAUUUCAACCUGCAACAGAGAUUAAGGAAAAUUUAAAAUAGCUUCUGGUUUUAAUGAAUUAAACUUUAACUUAAACUUUAAAAGGUUUGUGACUUCUAUUCUGAUACAUAUUUUCUUAAAUAUGUAAAAAAUUUGAAUGGACACUUAAAUUUUUUUUAAUCCUCACCCAAGGAUAUGUUUUUAUUAAUUUUUUAGAGAAGAGGGAGAGAAACAUCGAUAUGAGCGAGAAACAUCGAUCAGUUGCUCCCCCCACCCUAAACACACCACAACCCAGGUAUGUGCCGUGAUCAGGAAUUGAACCUCCAACUGUUUGGUGUAUGGAACGGCACUCCAACCAACUGAGCCGCCUGGCCAGGACAACAAUUAGGCUAGUCUUUCCUCUUAAUUUACAUAUUGAUUUAUUCAGACUUCGGUUAAAUAGAUCUUUCACAUAUCCCUCUUGGUGUGUGCAAAAUUUCAUAUUAUAAAAGUUUUAACUCAUUUUCUAGUCAAACCUGAGGUGUAAAGAAGAAGGCAUUUUAAAGUGUUUUCAAAUUGCAGGAACUUCUAAAAGAUCACAACUGGAAAAAAACUGUUGAGAACUUGUUGCUUUGAGAAUUUAGAAAGAGCUCUAAAACUGGAGCCAGAGACUUGGAGUUUAGUCAAAGCUCUGCGACUGAUUUGCUCUGUGUCAUUAGGCAGUUUCCUUACUCUCUCCAGUUUCUCCUUGUGAAAUGGUAGUGAUCAUAACCACCCUCACCUACCUCACACAGUUGCUGUAAGACUAGAGUGUUUGUGGCUGUGCUUGAAUUCUCCAAAAGAAAAGCUGAUCAGAAGUUUCAAGAUAAUAUAGUCCUAUUGUAUGAGGGUUCAUUUACAGUUUGCCUCUAUGAGAGUAUCUUUAAUUACCAUAAAUCAGUGGUCGGCAAACUCAUUAGUCAACAGAGCCAAAUAUCAAUAGUACGACAAUUGAAAUUUCUUUUGAGAGCCAAAUUUUUUAAACUUAAACUAUAUAAGUAGGUACAUUGUUAUUAACUUAAUUAGGGUACUCCUAAGCUGGCCUUUGCUAAAAACAUCCUCAAUCUGAUUGAGGUACGUUCGCUGAGGUCGACCCCUCCCAACUCUCCCAUCCACACUCGUCUUGUAUACUUGUUUCGUCUAUCUCCUUUCGUUCAUCUUCUCUAUAUGUCCAAACCAUCUCAACAUACCUUUCUCAAUCCUCAACACUACAUCUUCUUUCACUCCACAACGUUCCCUAAAAUUAAUAAAGUUUCAAUGGCACUAUAUGUGUGCACCCACACGUGGUAUUUUGUGGAAGAGCCACACUCAAGGGGCCAAAGAGCCGCAUGUGGCUCACCAGCCUCGGUUUGCUGACCACUGCCAUAGAUCAUCAAACAGGUAACACGUGGGCCUUAUCAUGGUAUGCUUAUCCUGUUUUCUCCCUUGCCAGAUACUUAGCACACAGGCUGAAUUUUCUUUACAGUAAUCCUUGGCAGAAGUAUAACUUCAAAAACCAAACUCCUUGUAGUGGUACUAUGGCAGCUGCAAUUAUAUUUUGAGGUAGGUUAAUGUGGUGAAACCAUUCGAUAAUCAGAAAUUAACCUUGCCUUUUCCCUUAGGCAUUUUUGCUGCAUAUUGCCAUCAGGGGCUGCUGUACAACCACAUAGUCAUCCCUUUGUUUCUGGGCAAAUUUUUGGUACCUGUUUUUGAGUAGGGGGUUAGGUUUUAAGAAGGAAAGUCUGCUUAUUUCACUCAUCACUUUGCAGAAUUGAACCUUGCUGUCCAAUCACAAUGUAUCUGUAAAAGUUGAAAAAAUAGUGAAAGUUUUUUUUUUUUUUCCAUUUUAGUUCAAUUCUAAACGUCUGCAGGUGUUAUUAGGCAGCCUGUUGUGUCUGACCCAGUUAUCUUCAUGGAUCAGGGCAGAACCUUACAUUUUGAUAGGCUUACCCAUUUCCAGGGGGAUGUCUUGUUUCUAGGAAAUAGCAAAGGUUAUAUAAGCAAUUCCUUGUUGCAACAAACAAGUUUUUGUUUUUGGUUUUGUUUAAGAAAAAAAUGCAUUUUAGGUACACAGGGUAUGGAAACAGUAAACAUUUAUUUUUUUAUCUCUAUAAAUGCUGGCAUCUCCUUGUUGCAGGCAGUUGGUGGUAUCUGUCUUCGUUUUAUAGAAUAAUGGAACUGCAAGUACUGGAAGUAAACAGUUGGGGAGAUUCGUACUUGGAAAAUAAACAAAAAAUCCAUCUUUAGUGAGACAGCUAAGAACAUUGACAUAUCAGGAAUACUUUUAAAUGAUUUUUGCUGUAAUUUGUAGCUUUAAUGUCUCUCUUCAGUUACAGAGAGACCCAUAAUAGUAUUACUGUAUCUUGUGAAUAAAGAUCAUUCUUGUGGGCUAGUAUAUGGAUGUAUUGCUAGGCUGUGGAAAGCAGUGAUUGUGUGUAUGUGUGUGUGUGUGUGUGUGCGUGUGUGUGUAAAUAUUCUAUGUUUAUAACACUAUGUAUUAUAUAAGUUUAUAUAGAAAAAAAAUAAUGUUUCUUUAGUGUUUGGGGGACUAAAGCUGUAAUAUAACCAUUCCAGUGUAAUCUGACUACUCACUCUAGAGAACAUUUAUAUUGCACACAAAUGCGCACCCCUAAAGCAUUGCUAACUGCUCCCACUGUAGAUAACUGCUGCUUUUUUUAAAACCCAGGUAAUGUAGGAGGAAAUAGUACCCUUUUUUGAAAAUAAAAUGUAAAUAUAGGACAUGUGGGGAGGGUGGGGCCCCCUGCAGAUGUCCUGCAGAUGGACAAAUAGCCUUUCAAAUUUUCCUUUUUAACCAUCUUGACCGUGUGUGCCUAUUUGUAUUGCAGAUGUGAACUAUUUUUGGGGGUCAAUAUGAGUAUGUUUUGAAACUGAAUUAUUACAUAAAAUCAGAGUAACUUCUUUUUCCAUCCUCCUUUUCCAUACUAACUGUUCUUGCCAAAUAUGUCUACUGAUACCAAGUUUCAGCGUUGUUAAAUGAUGGGAUUCUCCAACCUCCUUCAUCUUCCCUACCCUGUCUUAUACCUGGCCUGGCCUUAUAUAUUUUGUUGGCUUUUCAUAAGUAAGAACAGUUUACUGUAGUAAUAUAAAGACUUCAGAGUUUCCUUUGUUAAUAUUUGGUUACGCAGAAGCAUCAGUUAAAAUAAUGGAGUGGGUCUGAGUUUGUAAUAUGCUAUAAGACCAGAUAAGAUCUUGAAUGAUGCUAAACUUGACUAGCACAUUUAUUAAAAGGGAAUAUGGUGGGGGUGGGAGCAAGCUAUGACAUAUAUAUGUAAUCACUGUAUAAUUAGAAACACCAAAUGCUGAAUCUUAUCACUGUGCACUUGGGGGCCAGGCUUUGGAUUUGAUUGUUAUUUUAAUUCCUUGAAGACUGUAUGUAAUCAUGAUGAGCAGAAGGCAAAUAAAGUUUUUAAACAAAAGUACUUUUUUGCUAUUUAAAGUUUGGUAGUAAAUUUUCUACUUUCAUUUACUUUAUCUUCCCCCCCAAAAAAUUACAACAAAAAACUUAGGGUUGAGAUUGAGAAGCUUAAAAAGGCCACUUUUUAAGCAGUUCAGUCACUUACAAUAUUGUGUUAAAUUAUCACAAUUCUUUCCGAGCCAAACUGUCACUAAAAUGUCCUGUGACAGCCCCACUCCUCUUUUUCUGCCAUUCUGCAUAUUGGAAAAGUUCUAUGUUGUAUUUGUUUUUAAUGCUUGAUUUUAAAAAGAAAUACUGGUUUUAAUGUUGCUUAGCUUCAGUUUGAAGUGUAACUUUCACUAAUAACUGCAAUAAAAAGAAAAGCUUUGCUCCAA